CCAAUAAUUUCUUUGUUCAAGGGCCUACCCCCGACGUGAAGGAAGCCUUCUCCAACUACGCUGGCUCCCCUGAGGCCCGCAUGAUGCCUGAUCAGCUCCGCCGCUCCAUGGCCGAGCCACCUCUUUCAGACUCCGAUGCAGAUUCCGAUAAUGGCCAACCCGGAUGCGAACACAGCCGCCGCCACGCUGACCUUUCCGAUUCAAUUUUCAGAUCGUACUUUGAGUUCACUGGCCGAUCACUCACCACCCCCGCCGACCUCUCCAAGAUUCAAUCCUUUCUCACUUCCUCCUCUUCCGGUGCUCUUUCAUGCUUAAUAUGCCUCGAACGCAUCAGACCCUCCGAUCCCACUUGGUCCUGUAAUUCCCUCUGCUUCGCUGUCUUCCACCUCUUCUGUAUCCAGAGCUGGGCGCGCCAGUCCUCCGACUUGGCCGCCCUGCGCGCCUCCACGCGCCUUCCCAUCACAGCGAAUAGGGCUGCCGAAGUUUCGGUCUGGAACUGUCCCAAAUGUAGGUUCGAAUACACCCAAUCUCAAAUCCCUAAGACUUACUUUUGUUUCUGUGGGAAAUUGGAAAACCCGCCUAGUGAUGACCCUUGGGUUUUGCCUCAUUCAUGUGGCGAGGUCUGUGAUAGGAGUUUAAUGCACGAUUGCGGCCAUCGUUGCUUGCUUUUGUGCCACCCGGGUCCUUGCCCCUCUUGCCCAAAACUUGUGAGAAGUCGUUGCUUUUGCGGUUCCGUUGAAGAUGUUAGGAGAUGUGGUUUUAAGAACUUUUCAUGUAAUAAAGUGUGUUCGAAGUUAUUGGAUUGCGGAGACCAUCCGUGCUCGGACAUUUGCCAUGACGGGCCAUGCCGGCCGUGCAAAGUUCGGGGUGUAUACUGGUGUCAAUGUGGAAAGAAAGAAGAGGAGAGGGAGUGUUGUGAUCGGGUGAAUUUUCGGUGCGAAAAUCCGUGUAAUGAGAUGCUUAGUUGCCGGAGACAUGUCUGUAGUAAAGGGUGUCAUUCAGGGGAAUGCGGUCCUUGCCCACUUCAAGGGAAGAGGACGUGCCCAUGUGGGAAGAGAAUCCAUGAAGGAAUGUCUUGCGAUGUUGCAGUACCAUUGUGCGGUUCCACUUGUGAUAAGGUGCUUACUUGUGGGUACCAUAGAUGCCCGGAGCGAUGCCAUCGAGGUCCGUGCAUCGAAACUUGUAGAAUAGUUGUCAUUAAGUUAUGCCGGUGUGGCAGCUUAAAGAAAGAGGUUCCUUGCUAUCAAGAUAUGGCAUGUGAGAGGAAAUGUCAGAAAUUAAGAGACUGUGGGCGCCAUGCUUGCAGGCGCCGUUGCUGUGAUGGGGAUUGUCCACCAUGCUCAGAGAUAUGUGGCAGAAAGCUUCGAUGUAAGAACCACAAAUGCCAGUCUCCAUGUCAUAGAGGUCCUUGUGCUCCGUGCCCUGUAAUGGUGACAAUAUCAUGCGCAUGUGGUGAAACGCACUUUGAGGUUCCUUGUGGUACUGAGAUGGAUCAAAAGCCUCCUAGGUGUCCUAAGCGAUGCUCUAUUAUGCCUUUAUGCAGGCAUGCAACAAAAGUUAAGCCUCAUAAAUGCCAUUAUGGAGCUUGCCCUCCAUGCAGGCUGCUUUGUGAAGAGGAAUAUCCAUGUGGUCAUAUGUGCAAGCUAAGGUGUCAUGGACCUAAACCUCCUCCUAAUCCGGAAUUUACAUUGAAACCAAGGAAAAAGAAGCAUGUUCAUCAGAGUGAAUGUACCCCUGGUUCUUCAUGCCCUCCUUGUCCAGAACUUGUGUGGAGAUCAUGUGUAGGCCAACAUAUUGGAGCUGAUAGGAUGGUGGUAUGCUCAAAUAAAAUGCAGUUUUCCUGUGAAAACUUGUGUGGAAAUUUUCUACCUUGUGGUAAUCAUUAUUGCACAAACACUUGCCAUUCCCUGAAGAUUCAACCUUGUGAAGAGUGUAAUCUUUCUUGUGAGAAGGAGAGGGCGCCUUUAUGUUCACAUCUGUGUUCCUUACCAUGUCAUCCUGGGGACUGUCCCCCAUGCAAGGCUCUUGUUAAAAGAUCAUGUCAUUGUGGUUCAAUGGUCCAUGUUUUCGAGUGCAAGUAUUACAACAGCUUGUCCGAGAAAGUGCAAAUGGCUGCUCGCUCCUGUGGUGGGCCUUGCCACAGAAAAUUGCCAAAUUGUACGCAUUUAUGCCCUGAGACUUGUCAUCCUGGACAAUGCCCCUCCCCUGAGAAAUGCUCCAAAAAGGUUACUGUUCGUUGUAGAUGUCAGACCUUGAAAAAGGAGUGGUUAUGUUAUGACGUUCAAGCAACCCAUCGCCAUGCUGGUUAUGAUCCCAAAGACAUUGCUAAAAAUCAAUAUGGACUUGGACUACUUCCCUGUAAUUCUGAUUGCAAAAUGAAACUACAGGCAAUUGAUUCAGAGUUGCAGUUGCGCAAAUCUAAAGCUGUGGAGGUAAAGGAACCCGACACUGAAAAGCAUGUCCCGAAACGUAAAAGAAGGCGGGAACGAGUACACGAAAUAAAGCAAGCCUCAAGACUUCAAAAAGUAGCGGCCACAAUAAAGAGGCUUCUUCUAUUUGCAAUUCUUGGGAUGGCUUUGAUUGCCGCACUAUACUGUGGCUACAAGGGCCUCCCAUGGCUCAACGAUUGGAUGAACGAGAUUGAUGAUCAAAGACUAAGAAGAAGGCACCAGCGGAUCUAAUUGGCCUAGGUAUAUCUUCACGAGGCUUGCACUAUACUUGUGUCAGUAUAAAUAACUCACAAUAUUUAUAUAUAUUAUAUAUAAAUAUACAUAUUCUUUUUCCUGGAGAGAAGAAAAUUCUCUCUUGGCAAAUGGAUUCUUUGGACAACUAGAUAAAUAAAAAAGUGAAGAUUUUUUGUAUCCUCUUUAAACUAUUCAUUAAUUUAACUUGUGUAUAUAUACAUCGGAAUGGAAUGUGGCAUGACAUAUUCUUUCUUUGUAAUGUAUAAUGAUUGUGAGUUUAAUAAUUGUGUUGCUGGGAAAAACUUUAUAUGAUUGUGAAGCAGUGUUGCCAUGAAGAAAUGUUGUUUUU